GAACACAGCAUUUGCUCUCGGCUCUGACAACCAUCUGCCAGCUGGGGGAAGCUGUCACGGAUGUCUGAUAAGAAAGGAAGCGAUUCUUUGAACACUGAUGGGGGUGGACCUCUAAAAGUCUCCUACAUUUUUCCAAACGGAGACAGAUAUGAGGGAGAGUGCAGCAGGUCUGCAUAUGGAGCACUGGUGAGGAGCGGUGCUGGUAAACACACCUCAGCAAGUGGCAUCACAUACACUGGAGAGUGGCAUGAGGACAAAAUGCAUGGUAGAGGGACCGUGCAGUAUCCCUCUGGAGCACAAUAUGAAGGAGAAUUCAAAGACAACAUGUACAACGGCACAGGAACAUACACCUUCCCAGAUGGCUCUAUGUGUAAAGGUCACUUUCAUAAUAACAGGUUGGAGGGAGAUGGGGCUUUCAUUAGCGCACAGGGACUGUUCUGGACGGGGGAGUUCCACGGCAAAGCAGCGCUUGGACUCAAAUUGGAACACAAUCUUUAGGCAAAACAAAUACCACACUUUGGCACAUAUAUCUAUAACAUUAAAAUGUAACUGCAUCAGACAACAAA